AAGAAACCUGUUGCACACGGAGAAAAAAAACCCAUGUACUUCUGAGUGCGUUCCUGUGGGCUCGCGUCCACAUUUUGGAGUGGUGAGACGGGUUCCUCCCUUAGACGGCAAGUUUCACCUGCGUAGGCAGCUGUUAGUCGUCGACAUGUACGGUUCAGGUUGAGUUGUCUGGAGAAGCGAAAUCAUUCGGCGAAAAACUGAAUAAACCGCACGCAAGAAGACGUCUCCUGAUCCCAACACUAUCGCUAUGAGUGAACUCUUCACAGGGAGGAACUACGGGUCCUCGUCCCCGGAGCUGAGACUUGUCCUCCUGGGGAACAUCGGGUGUGGGAAGACGUCCUCGGCCGACAACAUCCUGGGCCAGCUGUCCCCGGCCUCCCACGAUGCCUCCAGGAGCUGCCAGCUGCGAACGGGCAUUACCGAGGGCAGGAGCGUGACGGUGGUGGAGGCGCCGAGAUGGUACUGGAGCGGCGGCAAGAUGGAGGAGGGCGUGAGGAAGGAGACGCAGCGAGUGAUGACGCUGGUUGCACCCGGCCCACACGCCAUUCUUCUGCUGGUGCCUGUUAACCAAUUCACAGAGAUGGACAGUCUUGUUCCGGCAGAGCUGGAGGACGUGUUUGGGGAGGAUGCCCUGUCCCACACGAUAGUCCUGUUGACCUGUGGGGACUACUUGAUGGGAAAAACCGUGGAGGAAUACCUGCAAAAAGAACACCAGGGCCUGAGGCAGGUGGUUGAGCGCUGCGGUGGGAGGUACCAUGUCUUCAAUAAUCGCCAGAGACAGAACAAGCAGGUCUGCGAGCUGCUCGGAAAGGUGGAUGAUAUGGUGUCGAAAAAUGGUGUUUUCUAUAUGAAAACAGUCCAUGAGAGAGAGCUGGAACAACGGGUUAAAGACAGAAAGCGAGAACUUCUGGAAAGUUACAGAGCUCAAAAGGAGGAGAGAAAAGAAGCUGCUGCUUCAGCGCAUUUCCCAAAGCCAGAAACACUGAGGAGUCUGGAGGACACCACCGACAGUGUGGCCGUGAGUCAAAGAUCUAACGGGCUCCACUCAGCUCCAGCGCCACAACAACAGUCACCUUUAGAGCCGCACAAUGACAGGCGGGCCAUCAGUACGCCCAGUUUCAGACUAAACACAGAUGGCGCUAUACUCUCUCAAAUGUCUGAGGUUAAGUCGACCCCAAAACUGGUCACAACUUUUCACCAGAGAAUAAACAGUGUUGAAGAGCGAUCUCCCGAGGCGUCUCCUAUCUCCUCUCCUCAUUCGCUCGCCUUUUCCUCCUCGCCGACCUCCACCACCUCUCCGGUCUCGCUCCCCUCACCCGUCCCUCCUUUGCCAUUCCUCGCAUCAACCUCGCCUUUAUCCCCCACGGAGCUGCGUCUGGUGCUGCUCGGGCGAUCGGGAGCUGGGAAAAGUGCAGCUGGCAACAACAUACUGGGGCGGAAGGAGUUUGAGUCCUGCCCCGACAGCCUCACAGCCAUCACUCAGGCCUGUGAGAAAAAGAAAGCGCUGGUCAACGGAAGACAGGUGGCGGUGGUGGAUACGCCAGACUGGUUCAAUUCAGAGCAAACUCCAGAAGAGGUGCGAGCUCAGAUCUCGUCCUGUGUGGCGUUGUCCAGUCCUGGUCCACACGCCUUCCUCCUGUGCGUCCCCUUGGAUCAGCCUGCAAAGACCGAGCUGGGCUCCCUCAAGGCCCUCGAGACCGUCUUCGGCCCCGACGCGGUGCAGAGGCACACUCUCCCGCUCUUCACUUAUGCAGAUAAACUGAGGGAGAGCGAGAAGGUGGGGAAAGACGGCGUGGAGGCGUACAUCGCUAGUCAGCGGGGGGAUUUGUUAAAGAUCGUGGAGAAAUGCCGAGACAGGUUCCACGUAAUGGAGCAAGGAGGGGACGGGGGGAAGCGAAGGAACGUGGAAGAGCUGCUGGAGAAAGUUGAGCAGAUGGUGAAGGAAGCUGGAGGAGGGUGCUACUCCCACCCUGCUUUUCAUGAGGCGGAGAAUAUACUGAGGCAGAGACAGCUAGAGAUAGCAAGGGAGAGACUGGGCGAGAGACCAGAGCAAGACCGGCCGAUCGGCUCCGAGAGGCGAGGGCAAUAUCCCUUCAUGCAGCCAGUGGCUGAGGCAGAAGAGGAAGUGAGAGAGGAGGAUAUUGAGCAAACAAGGGAUGAGGCGGAGAUGAGCAUGAGGACGAUGCAUAUCGAGAGCCUCCCUCCCAUUACGCGUUCCACCAUGUCCCCUUCACUUCUGAGCUCCGUUAUGGAGAAAAUGCAGACAACCGCAAAGAUGCUUCCCAAACUGUUGGCGGAUAGCUCCGAGUGGGCCGGCGAGGGAGCAAAGAAGGUGAAGGGUAGUGGUGUGUGGGGGAAAGUGGGCAGCGGAGCACAAAACGUCCACCAGAAGCUGCUCGAUAGUCCUGUUUGGGGGAAAGUGGGAGCUGGUGCCGGACAUGUGUCCAAACUAGUAGGAGGUAGAGUUCCCAAGGUAGUGGUGGACGGCUCAGCUUGGGUGGGAUCUGGAGCAAAGUCAGUAGCCGCUAGUCCGAUGUGGGGCAAAGUCGGCUCGGGUGCCACAGUAGUGGCGGACAGGUCCAUGCGCGUCGGCGCCGGCAUCGGAGCCGGGGCGAAGAAUUUGGCGCAGAGUCCCGUGUGGGGAAAAGUGGGCUCCCAGGCCAAAAGUGGAGCUAAGCUGAUGGCUGAAAGCUCCGUGCGAGUUGGAGCCGGGAUCAGUGCCGGUGCAAAGAAGGUGGCAGAGAGUCCAGUGUGGGGGAAAGUGGGCUCCGGAGCCAGAGCAGGGGCCAAAAGGGUGGCGGAGAGCCCGGCGUGGGAGAAAAUCGUGACUACUGCUAAACAGGUGCCAAUGGUAGUUAUAGGGGGCGCACUGCUGGGUCUGGUGCUCGGCGUGGUGCUGGCAGGGGUGAUCGGCGGAGCUGUCGGGGCAGCUGCUGGGUCUGUGGUAACCGAAGUGGGCAGACGGAAAUUCAGAAAGGGAAGCACGUUAGAAAAGACGGAUGAAGCGGCAAGAAAUGUGGAGAGAACGGCGAACGACAGCAUAGACUCUCUGUUAAAAAAAGGAGAAAAAGUAUUGAAGACUGAAUGAACAGCUGAAUACGUCAUGUAUUUAAAGUGUUUAACAAAUGUUGACAAAAUGUGUUUCCUUGUUUCUAUUCAAUUAUUUUGUUAAGUUUCAUUUCAACAGAAAAUUAAUGAGAAUUAUUUUUUACUAACACGAGAAUUUGUUCUAGCCAUAUUUUGAUUUCACUAAAUUAACUUGCUAAACUUGGCUCAUUUGUUAACGAAUAACAUUUGUCUCGUAUAUUAGAUGUUGUAAAAUCCAUGCUGUAAUGCAAUUCUUUUCAAACUUGAUCUGUCAUUUAAACAUCUGUAUUGGACAUAUACAUUCAGCAGCUCCUCCAAUACUGUGCUUCUUUUACUUAUAUUUUACAAAACAUACAAUGAUUAUGUGUCUUUGUCUUAAGUGAUGCAAAUAUAAUACAAUUUAACUUAAAAAAA